GUGUUGUGAGUGUGUGUGUUGUGUGGUGUGUGUGUGGGUGGUAGUAGUGUAGUGUGUGUGAGUGUGUGGGUGGUGGUAGUGGUGAGUGUAUAAAAGGCGCGGCGUGUGGGCCGCCCUCACGGGGCUCCAGGAAGAGGAGUCUGAGUCUGAGCAGCGGCAGCGGCUCCCAGCAGCGCGCACGCAGCGGCAGAGAUGGCAGCAGCGUCCUUCAACAUCGUCCUCGCCACGGACUCGUACAAGGUGACGCACUACAAGCAGUACCCUCCCAACACGACCACCGUCUACUCCUACUUCGAGUGCCGCGGCGGGAAGCUCAACGGAGCCGUGGACGGCGAGGUCAAGUUCGGGGAGGUGGUCGUCUUUGGUCUUCAGUACACUCUGCGCAAGUACUUCGCAGGCCAAGUGGUGUCGAGGAAGAAGAUUGAGGACGCGAAGGAGUUUUACUUGAAGCACUUUGGUCAACCUAUUUUCAACGAAGCUGGAUGGAUGCACAUCUUGGAGAAGCAUGAUGGGAAACUGCCUCUGCGCAUCAAGGCAGUGCCGGAAGGCACCGUGGUGCCGGUCGGGAACGUCCUGUUCACCGUGGAGAACACCGACCCCGCCUGCUUUUGGCUGACCAGCUGGGUGGAGACGCUGCUGGUGCAGGCGUGGUACCCCAUCACGGUGGCCACCAACUCGCGCAAGCAGAAGGAGUACCUGGCCGUCUACCUGCAGGAGACGUCCGGCAGCCUCAAGGGCCUCGAGUUCAAGCUGCACGACUUUGGGUAUCGCGGCGUGUCGUCACACGAGUCGGCAGGCAUCGGAGGCGCGGCUCACCUCAUCAAUUUCUGCGGGACAGACACGAUGGCCGCGAACCUCUUCGCCAACGAAUACUACGGCUCGCCCAUGGCCGGAUUCUCGAUCCCAGCCUCCGAACACAGCAACAUCACGGCGUGGGGCAAGGAGAAGGAGAGCGACGCAUUCCGCUACAUCCUGGAGGAGUUCCCCGCGCUGCCCGUGUCCAUCGUGAGCGACAGCUACGACAUCGUCAACGCGUGCGAGCACAUCUGGGGCGAGGAGCUGCACGACUUUGUGGCGAGCACGCGCACCGCCGCGGCGCCGCUCAUCAUCCGCCCGGACUCUGGCGACCCCGUCAUCAUGGUGCUCAAGGUGUUGAACAUCCUCGGAGAGAAGUUUGGGACGACGACAAACGAGCGCGGCUUUAAGGUGCUGCCGCCCUACCUGCGGGUCAUCCAAGGCGACGGCAUUGGCACGCACACGCUCGUCAAGGUGCUGCGAGCCCUGCACCGCGAGCGCUGGAGCGUGGAGAACGUGGCCUUUGGGGCUGGCGGCGCCAUCCUGCAGCGCGUCAACAGAGACAUCCUCAACUGCUCGUUCAAGUGCAGCUAUGCGGAGAUCGCUGGUCAGGGGAUUAACGUGUACAAGAACCCCGUGACGGACCCGGGCAAGGCCUCCAAGCGAGGACGCCUGUCUCUGCACCGCACGCCCGACGGCUCCUUCCACACGGUGCAAGAGGGGCGUGGGGACCCCAACACCGACGUGCUGGUGACCGUGUUCGAGGACGGCGUGCUGAUGAGCGACUACCAGUUCGAGGACGUGCGGCAGAGGGCGGCGCUGAGCGACACGGAAAUGGAGCGGCUUCGCGAGAGCGAGCGGCGGCGCGUGUGGGAGGCGCAGGACGGGGAGGGGAAUGAAGCAUGAUGGGGGGGGGGGGGGUUGCCCCCUGAACACCCACCCCACACCACCCCGACCGAACCCAACACCAACCCCAACUCGUCCACCCCUACCGAACCAAACGCCUACCCCCACUCGUCCACUCCCACGCCCCUUCCGUCCGCUCAGGCUGCCCCAUGAGCCACUGUAAAAAACUCAUGCCUGCUUCUCAUUGGGAUGCCAAGUCAAUGUUCAGAGUUUUUCUCCUGCUUUAGUCGAGCACUAGAAGGCCCGAGGUGGUCUCCCUGUGGCAAGAAAAUCCCGAGCUCUUGGUACAAAUGCCAAAGGGUCGUGGUGGAGGUCGGUCUCUCCGUGGGACCACUACUGUUCAUUGUCCAUGCAUUUGAGUUUUUCAUGAAUAUAUGAAGUUUUUCCCAUCUGGUAUUUUCCAAUUGCGAUUUUAAUGGGACAUUUUACAAUGAAGGGGGUCUCGUUUUCGUAAUCAAACGCGUGCAUGGGCAACCACCAACCAGUGCUGCUGCUGCUCUGUUUAUCAAAUGGGCAAACGGCGGAUUUGAUUCUCGACUGGAAUUUGAGCUCGCAACUUUAAUAUUGUGUGCUCUAACCGCGGCACCUCAUUGAGAUGUAGAUUUUAAUUCGUAGGACUAACCGAUCAAAAAACAACUUGCACACGUGUGUGUCUUUGACUUCGACUGUGUGCCCGGGUUUUACUUGAUGCGGUUUGGCUGCAGAUUUCUCUUCAUCCACACAGUAGUUUAUGUAUAACGUUAAUUCCCCUGCGCAAUAGUUGAACGUGGCACUUUUUAAAAUAAAAAAGCAGUAAUUUAUUCACAUUGCCAUUGCAAAUGGGCGUUGGCGUAUUGACCCAAAGUAUCCUACACUAACAGCGGCGUAUGAAGCUGAAAGUUUCGUAGACAAUGUUUUGUCGGAUUUGUCCUUUACUUAAGACGAAAAAUAUUUAGUGCGUAUACGAUGCCUGUACAUUUUAAAAAAAGAUUUGCCCAUAAUUGGAGGGGAAAAGCCCCACAAUAAAAAUCUCAACACUCCACCAGCACACCCAACAGGAAAACAAUAAUCAGAACGCUUCCAAAGAUGGACAUUGUCCACGUACCCAUAUAAUUUUGAGUUCUUACCUCUCCUGACAGAAAUUACCAUUUAUCUGCCACAAAUUACAUUACACAUGCGGUUAACUGAGAACCAUUUUUGUUGCUUUUAAAUUGUAAAAUAUUUGGACUUGUGCACAUAUCUGUAUAAAAAAAACAAGCCAAGCACUAAUGAGAAUGGUGUGUGCGUGAUUACGUGGCCCAACCAACCUCUGUGGCUGCAUCUGUGAUGGACCAAUUUAUACCCCGUGUUGGCAUGCAGUCAAACUAGCUCUUGAUCUUAACAUAUUCUAUUGUGCGCUGGCUGGACAUUUUAAUCUAGGAUAUGAUUACGAUACGCAGUGCGGCAGCCAUGUGGAUUCGUGUCCAUGUGUUGUACAGAAGCUGUUAGUCUUGAUUUAUCUUUCCUACAAUUGUGAUUUUUUUUUCUUUAACGUCUAGUGCCCCUUGUAUAUGCAGUCAGUGCUAUAUUUAAGGAGUGUUUUUGUGUGUGUGAAUGUUUUUGGUGUGUAAUAAGAAUAAAUAUAAACAACUGCAUUUGAAAGUUGCGCGUGGGCGUGACGUAAAUAAGAGAGUGUGUGCACGGGAGUUGGUUUCAUCAGAUGGGUCGACAAUGAGGCCGUCACUGUCGUCUUGCCGAGUCGUGGAGAUUGAAAACGUCCGUGAUUGUCUCCUUGAUUUGCCUGAAUUCUUGGUCUCAGAUCUGGUCUCGUGAAAUACACUGUUCAGCCGCGAGGGGGGGCUCCAUUAUCGCGGCUUCACGUUGGCUUGUGCUUAACUGGUAGUUCGACUCCUGCUGCGAAUUUCAUAUUUUCAUCUCAAAGCUUGGCUUAGUUACAAAUGUUCGCAAAGAACUGGCAUUGCAAUAGUUUAUGUUGAUGUCUCUGUUCCCAAUUACUCCCAAGGACAUUUGUUGUGACUAACCUUAUUUAUAAAGACUUUGCCAAUGUUUCUAACGAGGCAUUAACACGUUCACCACGUAUGCCACUUAAUACUUUUAGUCGCGGAGAUUACAUUUAGCAAACAAGAGACUAGGAAAUGCCUAAGGUUAUUUGUGUGGCCUAAUUUUAAUCCUUUUUUUAAUGUAUGAUGGGCUCCAACGAUGGUCGUAAAUGUUGCUGUUGAGAAAUUGUGUGAAUCUGAACACCUUCACUUUUCAUCUUGUGUUUUAAUUUUGUUUUAUCGGACGACUCUAUGUUUGUGCGGUACUUUUUGCAUUUUUUUAUAAUCCAGAAAAUGAGGCUCGAUUUAAAAAGUGACAUUGAAUGCCAAUUUGUCGUGUGCGUGUGGAUUUUACUCACGCCGUUGGUGUCCGAAUGUCUAUUGUGUGGAGGUGUAACACAGUAUCUGGAAACGUCUCCCUUGCCGCAUUGGGCGGCUAAAUGUGGUUAACAAUUAAGAAAUCGUGGGAAUGUAUUUGUGAUGAUUUAAACUUAAUUAAAAUUCGAAUAUGAAGUGUUUUUUACCCCACUCGAGGCCACUUGCGAGUCUGCGUAGUGAGGAAUUCAAUAUUGGCCAUGUGCUAAGACCAGAAUAAAUGAAACCCCAUUACCUGAUUUUAAAUGGCGCUGUUAACACGUAAUCACAAUCUAUGGGUCAUUUUUGUGCGACUGUUUUUUGCUGUGUUGUAUCACCGAAUGUUUGGUCGUGUGGCUAAAACGCGUUGUCGCUCGUCGAGUAGUAAUCAUUUUAAUCCGAGUUCAUUAGUACAACAUCCUUCCAUGUUUGGCCGCAUGUUUGUUUCGGUACCAACAAUGACAAAAGCUCGUUUUUCACAUUUAUCACGGGAAUACAUUUCCUAACCAUCCACGGUUUGCAUAUUGACGCAUAUGGUUACGUAACUUGCUUAUAAGUACAACGAUUUGUGGUUCAAAUGAACGCAAGGAGCGUAUCUUGCGCUUGAGCAAUUAGCCCCGGUGUAGGUUCAUGUUAACAAUCGGUGAACUGUUCAAGACGAACUCUUUAUAAAUACCUUUGCGGACACUUGUUAUUGUUCUGGCUGCGCUGUUCAUCGGCAGAACAUGCGAGUGAGUGUUAAACGUGCGUCGCUGGCAAGCCUUGAGAUGAGGGAUGUGUUUGCAGAUUGAUAUUUCCACUUAAUGUCUCCGAGUGAUGUUGUUGCAAGCAUUCUUUAAAUCUGCCUGCGAGGAGGGUAUCAUCAUUUCACAGUCGUUUUUUAUUGAGAUGUUAAUGUUGGAAUAUACGCAAAGCUAUGGAGUACAUUUGUGAAAGAACUCUGAAUUGCAAGAUGAAAUAACAUUUUUGUAACAAAAAAUUGCUAUGUAUAACGGUGUCCAACGGUGUCCGUGAAAUGCCCUUGGGCUGCACAAAAUGACGUGGAUAUUACAUAUGUCUGCUCAUUUGUAGGAUUCAUCUCGAAAACUCCAUAAGCUCCAUGUUGCCUUUCCAAUGAAUCCUACAAGUUCCAACAGCUAUAAAUAGAAACGUGUAAAACUAGGUGUUUAAAUGUAAGCAGUUAAUGUCACCGAUGGCCUAUCCACGACACUAAAAGCAUCGAUCGUGGGAGGAGCACACACUGUUUGAGACGACAAAGUUGGUCUGAUUUGAAGCGUAUUUUAAGACUUUCAUCAUUGCAAUUUAAAAAAGUGUUAACUUCAGGACUAACUGUCAAAUCUAUAUAUAAAGUAGAAAAGUUCGUGUUUGAUCCAUUCUGAAACCAUUGACACUGAUUCCGUUCAACUUACAAUGUCCUGUUCCUCACAUUGCAGCCCUGUCAUUGUGCGUCUCGAGUGUGAUGUUAAGACGCUACUGAAGAGGCAGCAGCAGCAGCAUGUGUAAUAAUUGUUAUGCUGUCACACACGUACACAUGUGGGUAUGGUUUGCAUGUGUUUGUCGGUCACUGUCCGUUCGGUUUGUUGUGAACACAACACCCUAAAGGUUUUUUUUCUAAAUUGGACAAUUUAAUAAAAGCUGUCCCAAAAUAACGAAUAAUUAAGCUUUUUCAAAUACUAUCUUCUAUUGCUCACUAAUUGGAGUGCCUGCUUGACAUGAUCAUGUGAAGUUUCACAGUACCUAAUGAGUGUAUUUGUAGAGUGUAGGCUACCACCAGAUGUGUGUAUGCAGCGCUUAACGAAGGGGUAUCUCAUGAGUCGCAUUGCCUCGUCACUGCCUGACCAACCACGAAGAGUUUCCGUGUCACUUGACACGCGAAUGGGCGAGUGAAUGAGCAAAUGCACACACACACACAUUCUGCUCCGGUGUGUGUGUGGAGCAGUGGCGUCACAGGUUGCACUGAGAACCCAUUAAAUUCCUGGGCCACGGCUAGCAACAUUGGCGAAUUAACUUAGAAUUGUCCCUCGCUUUCCCAUUGGUACUAAUCAACGUCAUUACUCGGGCGAGAUGCAGACUGCCUGGCGUGGUGCCGGCAACAUCACCUUCUUCUUGAGCGCCUUUCCGGCCUGAACAGGUGCUCGCUAACAGCGUUUGCCCCAGCAGUCUGUUAAUGGGCUUUGCGGGGAUCUUUGUGUGCGAUUGUGUGUCUUUGUGCAUAGCCACACCACGAUAUACAAUUAACCAUCAAUGUCAUAAAAGAUGCAUAGCACUGUGUAUGUUGGUCACGUUUAUGUCUUAAUUAAACCGCAUAUUCAUU